UUGGGCUGUUGUGUUUCUUAGAACUGGAUUCUCAGAACUGGCGAUGCACAGAGUUUCGAGGAAACUUUUACAAGAUUGUAACAGCAUGGCCACGACUGCAGAUGACUGCAUUCAAUUCACACGCCAUGCAGGCGACGUCCUGCUCAACUUUAACCGCCUCCGCAGCAGGAACAUCCUGACUGAUGUCACCAUACAGGUGGACGGAGAGCAUUUCCAUGCUCACAAGGCCAUCUUGGUGGCCUGCAGUGGUUUCUUUUAUUCUGUGUUCAUGGACCCCAAGAACGCAAACCUUGGUGCCAUCAGCUUAGACCCCAAAGUGGACUCCAAGGGUUUCUCCGUCUUGCUGGACUUCAUGUACACAUCCUGUCUGGACCUUAAGGACAGUCUGGUCCUGGCCACGAUGAACACGGCCAUCUACCUACAGAUGGAACAUGUGGCCGACACCUGCCACAGGUUCAUCAAGUCCAGGCAUCAGAUUGAAGAGGUAGAGAUCAACUCAUCACAUCUGACUGAGGAGAUUCCUGCUUUGAUGCCUGUUGACGAGAAAGAGCCAGACUAUAAAAGCAACCACAUGUCAACCUCAUACCCUCUCCAGGAGUGCAGGGGCUUCAUCCCUAAUGUUUUCAGGGGUAUCAACACCUCUGGUUCCAAUCACGUCUAUGGUGACCUUCCUGUCCCUGCUGGGAUGCUGGAAGGUACCUAUAAGGUCAGCGACCUUCCUAGAGGAGGGGCUUUGUCCCAGAAACAAUGCUUGCAGGUAACCAGCGCCAACAUGGCUCACAACGAGUCCACCACCAUCAUCUCCCACCCUGUGCCAUCCCACCCCGGUAUCCCCACCACUAUCAUCCGACCUGCAGGAGCCCACGAGAGCCUCCAAAGGCCUGUAACUCACGUGGAGGAAGACGACAUUCAGUAUCCACUAACCAGCUGCCUAAGAUUGUCCCCGGGUUUUAGCAAAGGUGUGAUUUGCAGCCCUCAAAGCCCCCUCAGAUCUGACUGCCAGCCCAACUCGCCCACUGAGUCCAACAGCAGCAAAAACGCCACGCUGAGCCUCCGACAGCCCCCGGACUGCCCUAACGACGCCAAGGCCCGCAACUGGAAGAAGUAUAAGUUGAUCGUGAUGAACCGAUCUCCUGAUGAGAAUGAAAAGGAGGCUCAGGGAGGCAGUGCGGAAGCUGUAGCCAUGUCCCCGACGCUGAGCCACUGUGGGAGUGGUGCAUCCAGUGGACACGGUGAGCUCCAGGCAGAAGACGGAGCCGACAAUCACAGAGAAGAAAUCCUCAUGUCUCAGAGUGUGGACAGCUGCAGCAGCAGCACCUGUAGCAGCAUCAGCUACCGCAGAUGCUCCUCUUGUGGCUGUGAGAGCCCCCGGUGCAUGGAAAUGGGUCACCUGUCUCCGGACUCAUACAGCCGAGAUGACGCCACCAAACUACACUCAGAGUGUUCCUCCUCCAGCUGUGAAGGCAACGGAUGUGACUCCAAGUUCACAGAACAAGAUUCCCUGAAAGAACACAUGGCCCAGGUUCACAGUGACAAGCCAUACAAGUGUGACUGCUGCCAGGCCGCCUUCCGCUACAAGGGCAACCUGGCCAGCCACAAGACCGUUCACAGCGGUUCAAAACCCUACCACUGCAACAUCUGCGGCGCUCAGUUCAACCGGCCGGCCAACCUCAAGACGCAUACCCGCAUCCACUCUGGAGAAAAGCCAUAUAAGUGUGAGACAUGCGGUUCCAGAUUUGUCCAGGUGGCCCAUCUUCGUGCCCAUGUGUUAAUUCACACGGGAGAGAAGCCGUACCCCUGUGAGAUCUGUGGGACUCACUUCCGCCACCUUCAGACGCUCAAGAGCCACAUGCGCAUUCACACAGGAGAGAAGCCUUAUCAUUGUGAGAAAUGUGACCUCCACUUCCGACACAAGAGUCAGCUGAGGCUUCAUCUGCGACAGAAGCACGGCGCGGUCACCAACACCAAGGCUCAGUACCGCAGGACUCCUAGCAACAUGCUCACGGGCCUGGUGAAGUCCUGCUAAGCCCGCUGCAGUCCCCAUGCGUGUCAUUUUAGUUUUCCUUUUGCACCGCCCGCCAUGUUGUUCAAAGGUUUUUAUUAUAUAUAUAUAUAUAUAUAUAUAUAUAUAUAUAUAUAUAUAUAUAUAUAUAUCCAUCAUGCAUUUGUAAAUUAUGCACAUACUUUAAGCUCUUUGGUAUUUCAAAGAUUGUAGAAGUGUAUGCUUUUGUUGUGACUAUCUAACAACAGAAUGAACAUUUUGAAUGUAAAUUUGAGCAGUCUUUUCUCUAUUUUGCAAAUCACUCAACAGAAUGUCAGCGUUGAAGGACAGUCCUCUUCCUCAUUCAGACUGAGAAUCACUGUUACAGUUUUUCUGUAGAUAUUGAUAUGAAUUUUCCCAGCAAUGUGGUCACAGUUCAUGCAGUUAUUUUCCAUUCGGUUAUUUUAUGUAAAUAAGAUAAUAUAUUUUCAGAUUGCCAUCUGCUGGCAGAGUACAAGUAUAUUUACUUUUGAGUUUGUCGUUAACAAAAUGGUUUGUUGUUUUUGCCAUCUCACAGCUUAUGGUACGCGUAUUCUUUUUUUUUUUUUUAAUUGCUAUGUACAUAUUUCCUUUUUUCAAUCAUUUCUAGCCUCUUGGUAUUUUGCACAUACUCAUAAUGCUGUAAUUCAUUUAUUUUCAGUAAAAUAUUUCUACUUAAAAUGUAAAAAUGUAAUGUUUAAAUUGUUUAGACCCUUUGCCCAGCACUUGCUAUUUUCUUAUUUAUAUUCAAAGUUUUAUUUGAUGUAUUUUAUUACGUUUUGGUCGUGCAAUGAUCCUUGUUCCUCAGCGGGAUCAUUUAAGUCUGAUUGUAUUGUAUCUAACUAUUUGUAUUAUAGUGCUCUCGUACGAACCAGUUUGAAUAGUGCCUUACAUUCACACUUAUAUAUUUGCUACCUACCCAGACUAACCAUUAAUGUGUUAUAACUUUGAGUAUAUGAAAGGAUAAACUGCUGUUGUGAUGCAUUUUACAUUUGGUACAUUUCCCUGUUGUCAUGUGUAUGCAAGUCUGGUACUGUUGUUUUGGAAGCUGAUAUCUGUUAAAUGUGUGGCUCUUAAGAUGCAGAUGCACCAGGCCUCAAGCUAAACAACGCUCAGGAAUAUUCGAUAUAUGUAAGCAAAUUGCUUUAUAACUGCAGAUUAUAUAUAUAUAUAUAUAUAUGACAUAUGUCAUAUAAUAAAAAUAAAAAUGUUUAAUGUAGCAAUUGGUGCACUAAUUGUUCAUUAUUUUCAAGUGAGAUGUUUUUAGCAAAGAUGUAAGUGAACUUUGACGUAUUUAAUAUAAUAUUCUAGUAGUGUUGUAGGUAUAAGUAAAGUAUACUUGCUUCUCUGUGGCCGACCCUGGUGUUCACUCUUAAGAACCAUCAUUUAUUCUCCUCCACAGUAUAAAAAAAGACAGACUUGCAGUGAGCAUUUGGAAGAGCACAGGUUUAGUUAGCCAAUCAAUUAGCCUCUAUUUGUGUGAGGAAAAGUGAGGAC